CCACUCGCCGGGCGCCCGCCCCCCUCCUAGCGCACUGUCUCCCGACACGCCGGCCCAGAGCCCUUUUGACUGCGAGCGGCCGCAGCGGAGCAGAGGCAGCGGCGCGGGACCUGCAGUCGCCCGGGAUUCCCUCCAGGUGACGAUGCUCUGGUUCUCCGGCGUCAGGGCUCUGGCUGAGCGUCCCUGCCGGCGCUCGCCUGGGAUUACCUGCUGCGUCUUGCUGCUGCUCAAUUGCUCGGGGGUCCCCAUGUCUCUGGCUUCCUCCUUCUUGACAGGAUCUGUUGCAAAAUGUGAAAAUGAAGGUGAAGUCCUCCAAAUUCCGUUUAUCACUGACAACCCAUGCAUCAUGUGUGUGUGCUUGAACAAAGAAGUGACAUGUAAGAGAGAGAAGUGCCCAGUGCUGUCCCGAGACUGUGCCCUGGCCAUCAAGCAAAGGGGUGCCUGCUGUGAGCGCUGCAAAGGUUGCACCUAUGAAGGAAAUACUUAUAACAGCUCUUUCAAAUGGCAGAGCCCAGCUGAGCCCUGUGUCUUGCGUCAGUGUCAGGAGGGUGUGGUCACAGAGUCUGAGGUGCGCUGUGUUGUUCACUGCAAAAACCCCUCAGAGCAUCUGGGAGCCUGCUGCCCUUCAUGUCCAGGCUGUGUGUUUGAAGGUGUGCAGCACCGAGAAGGGGAGGAAUUUCAGCCAGAAGGAAGCAAAUGUAUCAAGUGUUCCUGUGUUGGAGGCAGGACACAGUGCGUGAGAGAAGUCUGCCCCAUUCUCUCUUGUCCCCAGCACCUUAGUCAUACACCCCCAGGACAGUGCUGCCCCAAAUGUCUGGGUCAGAGGAAAGUGUUUGACCUUCCUUUUGGCAGCUGCCUGUUUCGCAGUGAUGUUUACGACAAUGGAUCCUCGUUCCUAUAUGAUAACUGCACAGCAUGCAUCUGCAGGGACUCAACUGUGGUGUGUAAGAAGAAGUGUUCCCAUCCUGGUGGCUGUGACAGAGGCGAAGGGGCCUGUUGUGAAGAGUGCCUCCUCCAAGUGCCCCCAGAAGACAUCAAAGUUUGCAAGUUUGGAAACAAGAUUUUCCGGGAUGGAGAGAUGUGGUCCUCUGUCAACUGCACCAUCUGUGCUUGUGUGAAAGGCAAGACAGAGUGUCGCAAGAAGCAGUGUGUUCCCAUCAGCAGCUGCCCGCAGGGUAAAAUUCUCAACAGAAAAGGAUGCUGUCCGAUUUGCACCGAAAAGCCCGGCGUCUGCACGGUAUUCGGAGAUCCUCACUACAACACUUUUGACGGACGCACAUUUAACUUUCAGGGAACAUGUCAGUACGUUUUGACGAAAGACUGCUCCUCCCUUGCCUCACCCUUUCAGGUGCUGGUGAAGAACGAUGCCCGGCGGACCCGCUCCUUCUCGUGGACCAAGUCGGUGGAGCUGGUACUGGGCGAGAGCACGGUGAGCCUCCAGCAGCACCUCACCGUGCGCUGGAACGGCUCGCGCAUCGCGCUCCCCUGCCACGCGCCGCACUUCCACAUCGACCUGGACGGCUACCUCCUGAAAGUCACCACCAGAGCAGGUUUGGAAAUAUCCUGGGAUGGAGACAGUUUUGUAGAGGUCAUGGCUGCCCCUCAUCUCAAAGGCAAGCUGUGUGGUCUUUGUGGCAACUAUAAUGGACAUAAACGUGAUGACUUAAUUGGCGGAGAUGGAAACUUCAAGUUUGAUGUGGAUGACUUUGCUGAAUCUUGGAGGGUGGAGUCCAAUGAGUUCUGCAACAGACCUCAGAGGAAACCAGUGCCCGAGCUGUGUCAAGGGACAGUGAAGGUAAAGCUUCGAGCCCAUCGAGAAUGCCAAAAGCUCAAAUCUUGGGAGUUUCAGGCCUGCCAUUCAACAGUGGACUAUGCUACUUUCUAUCGGUCCUGUGUGACAGACAUGUGUCAGUGUCCAGUCCAUAAAAACUGUUACUGUGAGUCAUUUCUGGCAUAUACCAGAGCCUGCCAGAGAGAAGGCAUCAAAGUCCACUGGGAGCCGCAGCAGAACUGUGCAGCUACGCAGUGUAAGCAUGGUGCUGUGUAUGAUACCUGUGGCCCAGGAUGUGUGAAGACCUGUGACAACUGGAAUGAAAUUGGUCCCUGCAAUAAGCCCUGUGUUGCAGGUUGCCACUGUCCAGCAAACUUGGUCCUUCACAAGGGAAGGUGCAUCAAGCCAGUUCUUUGUCCUCAGCGGUGACCUUUGUUCAAGUCCUUAAGACUUUGAAAUCUGGUGUCCUUGACACUGAAGUGGACAAGCCAAUGAAGGACUGUAGUGUUUGUGUGCCUGAUUAUGCACAUACAUACACAGAGUAUAUAUGUGUACAUAUAUAGAUAUAUAGAUAUAUUCAAAACAUUUCAUCAUUUAUAUGAACUACAGCUGGAUUAUUAUAUGUAUAUUUUUUGCUAUAAGACAUGUAUUGUUUCUAGGAUUCUAAUCUGUAAACCAUUGGAUACAUUGCAUAAAUAGACCGGGUGUUUUUAAUUUAAUAAGAUGGCAUGCAGACGUAUUGGAUGGCUUUAACAUCAAAUACAUUUGUCAUUUUAAGGAAGUUUUCUAAGAACUCUCAAUUGCCUGCCUGCAUUAAUUUGAGUCUGAUUUUGUAAUUGAGUGGGAAAUGUGUUUCUUUGGAGUAGGGUACACUUGUCUGAGGGGCAUUUUGUGUUUCCAAAAGAAGGAAUUUAUGCCUGAAAGAGAUGGCAGGAGAUUGGUGACAGGCCCUAAUGGUGCAUACAAAGCAAGGGAGAGGCUAUUAGACUUUAUUGAGUCAAGGUCUAAUAUUGUUUACCAAACUGGCUAGUUGCCAAGGAAUACUUAUUUGUCAUGAGGGCAUAACCAAAGAACUGAGUGAUUUCUUGUCAUCUUUACAUAUUCCUGGAGUCUCCUAAUUAUAUAUGUGUGUGUGAUGGAUGUGGCCAUGUGUAUGUCAUGCAUUGAAAUUAAAGAAGGGAUGUCUGGAUGACGUAUAAUUUUAUUGAGCAUAAGAAGAAAUUUGGAGAGACUGUUGAACAACAUAUGAAGAUAUAUCCAUUUUUCUGAAUCUCAGAGCAAUUUAAGAUAGGUGAAUCCAAUGAGUAAACAUAAGCCAUCUACAUUUUGCGAUUAGCCCAUGCAUAGAAUGAAAGCCUUUGACUAUUUCUGUAGGAUUCCUGUCCAGUGCUGUUUGAUGACAGUUAAUUUGUCAUAAUUAUUAGACAAGACAAAAGGAUUCACUGACUAGUGAAUUUAACAUCAUUCCCGAAAAGAAUUGUCUACCCACUUGUUUUAAUUUACUGAUAUGUUACUUCCAGUGACCAUGUGAUUUCUUUCUGACUUUUCAUUUUGAGUUGAAUUAGUGAAAUUGUCAAUGAAAGCAAAACCCACUGUUGUCUAAAAGGUAAUUGUUCUGCAUUGUAGUAAAUAAAGGGCUUAAGACUUAAACCA